AUGUUCUAUUCUUUUUCACUCUUUUCCUCACUUUAUCUUUCUAUUGAUUUAACACUUUCCCUAUUUUAUUCUUUUCUUACUUUUACCAUUUUUCUUUUUUGUUGUUUUUAUAUUUUUAUUUUUAUUUUUCAUUCCUUACAUAUUUUUACUUUCCUGCUAUAUUUCUUCUUUUUUCUCUUAUUUUCACAAUUUUUCAUUUGUUUUUAUUUCUACCCUCAAGUUUGUUCCUUUCACACCAUCUAUUUCCUCCUCUUUUUUUUUGUAUAUAUAUUUUCUUUUUUCUUCUCCCUCCAACCAUUUCCUAAUUAUUUUCUUCCCAUUUUCAAUUUGCUUUAUUUUUUCCCCUUAUUCUAUCAUUUUCCUUCUAAUUUUUUUAUUCUUUAUUUUCUGAUUCUAUCUGUUUUUGUUUCUCAUUCUUUUUUUUCUUUCUCUCUCCUUUUUUUUAGCACCUAUUUUUUUAUUAUGUAUGAUUUUCUUUUGCCUCAUUCUUUUUCAUUGAUUAUUUUAAGUUCUUUCCUUUUUCUUAUUACUUUUUAUUUUGUUCUUUCUUAUUUUGUCUCAGUUAAGCUUCCAUUUUCAAACUCUUUUCAGAAAUUCUUUUUAUCUUCUCUCUGCCAUGUUUGCUGUUUUUCUUUCUUCCUUACUUUCUUUCUCUGUCAUUUUUUCUUUUUCCUUCCUUCCUGUAUUUUUUCACACCUUUCUUCUUCUUUUUUCUUCUUUGCUUACAUAAUUUUUCUUCAUUUUUUUCUCAAUCAUCACUGCAUUUCCUUUUUAUUUUAUUUCUUAUUUUUCUUUGCCAUUCCUCUUUUUGUUUCACUUGAGCUCUCUCCAUUUUCCCAUCUUCUCUUUUCUAUAUAUUUUUCCUUUUUUUCCCCCCACUUUCUUUUUUUCUUUCUUCAUUAUUCAAUCUAG